AUGGGAGUUAAACAUACAAGAACCCAAAGCUCUCAAGGCAUGCAAAUUAAUGAUGUUUUCUGUAUUCAUUCACCUACUCAUCAUAAAAAGAAAUGCAAACCCACAAUAAGUCAUUACCAAAUAAUUUCAUUUAAACUUUUAGUUGUCGUCUUUGACAUCAAUACAAAGCAACAAAAUGCUGGAAAUGUUGACGAGUGUGAAUUACGAGUGUUGAUCCAUCAGAGCUUGGCUGGUUGCGUCAUUGGAAAAGGCGGAAGCAAAAUUAAGGAGCUUAAAGAUGUGAGUAUAAAAAUUAAACUUUCAUAA